UCCUCUAUCACAAGAACCUAUGUCACAGGUGAUUACAACAUCUAUCCAAACAUUCCAAAUGGAAAUACCACCUAUAGGAGUUCAACUGAGAAAACAAAAAUUGAAUAUAAGAGGGUCUAAAAAAUCAAGAAGGAUUGAAGAAGAACCCACAAUUGAAAGCAAUCUAGUGUUAGAAAAUCAGGUGGACAUAAAUGUUGGUGAAACACCUAGGGGAGCAAAGCCUGUGAGAGUCAUGCAUAUGAGAAGUCAGGACACAUGGAGAAGAGAAACCCAGAGAUCAAAUGAGACAAAUGCUAUCAUAGGUGGUCCUAUGCUCAAAUCUCAAGGAAAACAAAAUCAAGUUCAACAAAGGAACAAAGCAGUUACUGACAAGAGAAGAAGAAUUUGGCUACCCCCAGGAGUUGGAUCCUCCACUGCAUCAACUGAUCUACACAAGAAGCUUCCAUGACAAGGAUUUAUGUUUUCAUGUUAACUACAUAUGUAAUGUCCAACU